AUGAAUUUUAACUUUACAGGAUCGUCGCGGCCUGCGCGAACGAUCAAUCUCGGUCGGCAAGCGGGCCCAUCGUCCGCUGCUGACGUUACCUCCGCUGCGCGCGCCCAGCGUCUGGAGCGGCAAAAGCAAAAGCAACGUGUGCAGGCCGCCACCCAAAUCCAGGCGAUGUACCGCAGAUACGAGGCUGCCCAUGCAACACGGCAAACGUGCCAAGCUGCCUUUGAUCAGGGUAUGCUACAUGGAAACACAUGGUCGGACUGGACACGAUACCUGCUUUUUGCCUUUGAUACGCGCACACCCAACGCCAACACGCAGAGACUCGCCCGAUGGGCAGCUGCGUACCUUACAUUGCCCGACGGAAACGAUGCAUUGCCACGCUCCAUGAUACGCCUUGUAUGCACUCGCAUUGUUUCCGCAUUGCAGCAAUCGCACACUGACACUUUUAACGAUACCUCCGUUCUUCUGCGAUUCUUGGCGCACAUGCUGAAUACCUCCUCCGAAGCAGAUCAACGCGCAGAGCUCAUGCGGCUAGUUCGACAUGGCUUGUACAGGGCAUUGCGAUCGCUUCUUUUUGUGCUUCCCAAGCAAGCUGCCGAAGAGCACGCGCAGUGUAUCGCUAUGGCCCUGAGCCCGUUUACCCUCUUCCCAGCGACACAAUGUGCGUUGGUCGAAGAUGAGUCGCGACAGGACGCGGAUCCUCGCGCGGCAUGCAUGCGCGCGUGUACGCGUGAUAUUCUUACUAUUCCUCAACUUUUGCACAGGAUACCUAUCUCAUCUGUAACAGCGUUGGCCACCUCGCUCCCUUUGUCGGAAAUCAUGGCGCACGUUCGUGCCUUGGGCGCAUACAUUGACCAUACUACCGGAGAAAGUGCAUUGGACGCAAAUCCCCUUCUCGUACCUGACUUGCUUGUAAAUGUGCAUCGACUUACAUCGUCGCGCGUCAAGAAUAUGCAGCGCGGCGCUGAAGUGACACCGUACCUGGAAAUGCUCACGACCCUCCUUCACGCGUUGCCACGCUCUACAUGGCAUAGCGACCAUGACACAACUGAUGUAUCUGAGAAAACACGACAGUACCUGGAUGACCUCGUCUCGGAUGUACAUGUGCAUCCCUUACUAGUAGCGAGCUCCAAGUUCGCUACAACCACGCGCCCCGCAUUUUGUGCGUUUUUUCUGGCUGUAUACCAAGCAGCGCCUGUCUCGCGCCGCGAAUCGCUUGUAUCGAUGCUUCUCUAUGGCCAGGACAAAGCAGGGCAAGGCGCUAUUCAGUUUGGAUCAAUGGCACGCGAAUUGUGGCGAGGGUGGGUUCGUAGCAGUCCCCUCUUUCGCAGGAUGAGUAUGCCUACGAUGCGUGGACCAUCUAGUGUGGUGGAAAUACGCAACAUCUUAACCGACUCUACCGAUGCUACAGACUGGCCCAUGUUUCUUGUAUUGGCCUUAGUGUACAGUCGUUGCCUGCUCACGCUCGGUGAUGACGAAUUUUAUCCACCACGUAUGACGCAAGGGACAGACGUGCCAAAGAAUCCACUCACCCUCGACGAGCUGGUUACGAUCAGUGGGAUCUUGCGUAAUCUGGUGUUCUCGUUGUACUGGGGUGAUAACAUGAAUGCCCUUUGGCAAUCUGAUGUGCCUGGCACUCACAUGCCUUUUGCGGAUGUGCGUGAUGUAUCUACAAGGCUAUUGAAGCAGCUACAUACACGCGAUUCACGGCGCGCGUUUGUCCCGGAGGGUCACUGGCAUAUGCUCAGCCAGCAAGACCUGGACUCAUUUAUCCAGGCUGUCGUGCUGGAAGAACGGAACCUCUCCCCCCCUGAAACAGAAGACGAAGGCCCUACUCAUCGACCGCUGCUAUCAGAUCGCACUCGAGCGUUUAUAUCGCCUCGCUUGGAUAUCUUAAACCACAUUCCGUUCGUGAUUCCGUUUGAUAUCCGUGUCGAAAUUUUCCGACAGUUUAUUCGAAGUGACGUGGAUCGACUGGGGAUUUCGCGCGACUUUUUCUCACAUACGCAACGCCAUCGGGCGACGAUUCGGCGUGAACAUAUUGCGGAGGACGGCAUGGCACAGCUGAACGCUCUGGGUCCACACCUCAAGGAACCGCUGGAAAUUGCCUUUAUCGACCAAUGGGGAAUGCAAGAGGCUGGCAUUGAUGGUGGGGGUGUAUUCAAGGAGUUUCUCACCUCAAUGGUGCGCACGGUCUUCGACACAGAUCGCGGCCUGUGGUGCGCAAACGAGCGCCAAGAGCUGUAUCCGAACCCUCACAGCUAUGCUCGCGCAGAGGAGCAGUUGAUGUGGUAUGUAUUUUUAGGACGCAUCCUCGGAAAGGCGCUUUAUGAAGGCAUCUUGGUGGAUGUCAAAUUUGCCGGCUUUUUCCUCAGCAAGUGGCUUGGGCAGCAGGGCUAUGUCGACGACGUCGCUAGUCUCGAAAGUUUGGACAGUGAACUAUACCGCGGGCUCAUCACCCUCAAGAACUACUCUGGUGACGUGGAGAACGACUUUGCACUCAACUUUACGGUGGUCAACGAGGAGUUUGGCGUCCGUGAGACGGUGCCGCUGAUUUCCAAUGGCGCGGAGAUCCCUGUGACUCGCGAGAACCGUUUAUCAUACAUAUACCACAUGACGCGCUACCGCCUAAGCACACAAAUCGAACCGCAAUGUCGGGCAUUUUUCCAUGGUCUAAGUGAACUUAUUGAGCCCCGCUGGCUCCGAUUGUUCAAUCGUGAAGAGCUUCGUGUGCUGGUGUGUGGCACAGAAGACCCCAUUGACGUGGACGAUUUGCAGCAGAAUACAGUGUAUGGUGGCUAUCAUGAAAAAGACAUGGCUAUCCAAUACUUUUGGGAAGCUUUGCGCUCGUUGGACCAGCCUUCACGGAAAGCGUUUUUGCGAUUUGUUACCUCGUCGCCCAAUCCACCGUUGCUGGGCUUUAGCGAGCUGCAUCCGAAAUUUGCAAUCCGCCAUGCGGGUGACGAUGUGACGCGCCUGCCCACGGCCAGUACAUGCGUCAAUCUUCUCAAGCUACCUGCCUACGAGUCCACGCAACAGUGUCUAGAGAAGUUGCGGUAUGCUAUUGACGCUGGUGCAGGAUUCGACCUGUCGUAA